CACUCCGGAACAAUGGCGCCUGGCGGCAGGACUCACGGACAGGUUUUGUCAGUGCUGAGAGUCUCUCGCCGGAAGUGGUGCCCGCCUCUCCGCCCGGGGUCAUUGCUCCGGUCCUGUUUCCGGCGUGUCCUUGAGUCCUGUUACAACCAUGUUGUCCCGCUGCCUGGCCCGGGCCCUUCGCUGCCCCGUCACCGCACUGAGGCGGGGCUCUGCUGACGCUCAGAUUCGCCCGCUUAUACAGAUCGCAGGGUUUCGCGUCGCAUCCAUCAGUGACCCUAGGAACCACCAAGUGUCAGCAUUAGGCCUAAAUACAGCCAGGUUUUACCGGACCUCCACAGUCUACAGACAGGAUGUGGUGACUGUGAACACGCCAGCGUUUGCAGAGUCCGUCACAGAAGGAGAUGUCAGGUGGGAAAAAGCUGUCGGCGAUUCAGUGGCUGAAGAUGAAGUUGUGUGUGAGAUUGAGACUGACAAAACAUCGGUGCAAGUCCCUGCCCCAUCUGCCGGGGUUAUUGAAGCUCUUCUGGUCCCUGAUGGAGGAAAGGUCGAGGGUGGGACGCCACUGUUUGUCCUCAAGAAAUCUGGAGGUACUGCUGCUAAGACCAAACCUGCUGAGACUGCGCCCACGCCGCCAGCUGCCCAACAGCCCCCUCCAGCCCCUGCUGCCUCAGUGGGGCCUAUACCCACUGCUAUCCCACCAGUCCCACCGGUGUCUGCAAAGCCACUGGAGUCCAAACCUGUUUCUGCGGUGAAGACAACCCCUGCUCCUCCCGUCUCUGAAGGAACACAGUCUGCUAGCGCCCGCGGAGAACACCGGGUGAAGAUGAACCGAAUGCGUCAGCGAAUCGCACAGCGCCUGAAGGAAGCACAGAACACUUGCGCCAUGCUGACCACCUUCAAUGAGGUGGACAUGAGCUCCAUUCAGCAGAUGAGGUCUCUGCACAAAGACGCUUUCCUUAAGAAACAUAACCUAAAACUUGGCUUCAUGUCGGCAUUUGUCAAAGCUGCAGCCUUCGCUCUCCAGGACCAGCCGGCUGUGAACGCUGUUAUUGAUGAUACAACCAAGGAGAUUGUAUACAGAGACUAUAUAGACAUCAGCGUGGCUGUGUCAACCCCCCGGGGUCUGGUGGUUCCUGUGCUGAGAAAUGUAGAAUCCCUGAACUUCGCUGGCAUCGAACGGACAAUCGCUGAGCUGGGAGAAAAGGCCCGGAAGAAUGAACUAGCUAUUGAAGAUAUGGAUGGAGGAACCUUCACUAUCAGUAAUGGAGGAGUGUUUGGUUCUUUGUUUGGGACACCGAUUAUCAAUCCCCCACAGUCUGCUAUACUGGGAAUGCAUGGUAUAUUUGACCGACCAGUUGCUGUAGCUGGCAAGGUGGAGGUGCGUCCUAUGAUGUACGUUGCACUGACAUAUGAUCACCGGCUGAUUGAUGGCAGAGAAGCUGUUCUUUUCCUGCGGAAGAUCAAGUCAGUUGUUGAGGAUCCACGUGUUCUGCUGCUGGAUCUCUGAUCCCCGUCCGGGGCCCCGUUUACCCCCACACUCCCCAGAAUAUAGGUUGUGGCCGCAGAAUCCCCUGUGUCUGUACUCAGAUUGUGGAUCAUUUUAAAGACUUGCAAAAAGGACAAAUCCCACAACUGGUACAGCGUGGAGCGUGCAGACCCCUUCUAUCACCCAAUGGGAUUGGGGCAUCACCUUCCAACCACACAGACUCUGAAUCACCUGGCUGGAGUGGGGUCUGCCCAGUACUGGCACCUUACUGCGUAACCAACAUACAGAGUUAUCUACACUAUUUAAGGACUGCUUUGAUUUUAAACGUGUAAAAAAUAAAUUCCAUUUAAAGAAAUAA